AUGGGGAACGUCGAAGAAUUCGUUCAUAACUUUAUGAUGGAUGAGGUCGAGUCAGGAAUGAAUACUAGUGUGCAACAGCGUCCGGCACUAGACGAUGGGUGCACUAACUGGGCAGAAUACCGCGCAUGCAAAAUGUUGAAGGAGAAUCAAGUCAAACAUUCUUCUAGAACGGCUUCGAAUCGAAUGAUUAACAAAGGACGGAAGGGAGCAGCGUUCGAAGCGUCCACAAACCGACAAAUGUGUAAUACUUGUUGA